GCCAUGCUCAGCGAAAGAGUUGUUCUCGUGCUGAGUCGACGGUAUGUUGAGGAGACCUGGUUCUCCUUCGAGAAAACGUUAAAGCAGUUGACCCAGAUGAGCCUCCACAACCAACGGAUCAUGGGUGUCCUGCUAGAAGACUGUGAGAUCCCGGACUCGCUCGGAGAACUCUACUUCCUGGAUUCGUCCGACCCGGAUUUUUUCCUGGUUUUCACCAAGCGGUUAAAAACAAGUAGG